GUUUCGGCAUUAAUCAACAAAUUAACUUUCUAUGCGUUGGUUCAAAAGGAAUGGAAAAUAAAUGGAACAACGCAGGAAACGUACAUAACGCAGAGCAAAAGACAAACUGAAGAAUAGAGCGAGACAAAAGAGAAUGUCUUGAAGAGGAUAAGACGGAUUCCGAACAUGGCGAACCCUAGAAGAGGUCUGAUCGAGAACCAGAGCCUGUCAUCUCUGAUUCAUCUAUUGAAGAAGCCUCAAGCGUUUCCUCUUCUCCUCACCUUGUUCGUGUUGCUCACCUGGAUCUCUCUCAGGUUGCAGCACUCCUCGCAUUACGCGUCUCCUUCUUCCCAUCGGAAAUCGACCGUGCAAAGUAACUCCAACGGCGGCGGAAUCGCCGGCGACGAAGACAACAAGGCCAAUCUGGUCCGGUUUGCGUCUUCGUCGACCUCCCCCAUUCGAAAAGACGAUCGGGGCUGGUUGCUUAAUCCCGUUUCCCUUGCUCGUAACUCUGGGAUCAAGGGAGGAGCUGGCUCGUGUGCUUCUAUUCAUGUCGGUGAGAUCCGGCCUGGUGAAAUGAGGGGAAACCAUAGACACUAUACCUGUAACGAGACUUUUGUCAUCUGGGGAGCUAAGACAAAAUUCAGGCUGGAGAAUCAUAAGGUGGAUAAAGGCUUUGGAGAAGUGAUAAUCGGUGAGGACGAAGUAGCUGUUGCAGCUAGUCCGAGUGGAACUGCCCACGCUCUGAUCAACGUCGACCCUUUGCGUAGCACUUUCAUUAUCGGUUGCCAAGACAGUGAUAUGCAAUACAACAGCUCAACUACAGACUUCAAUGUCUGGAAAGAUCUGCAGACAUAAAAAGAGCCAGGUUAGUUCCGUGGAGUGAAUUGGCCGUGGUUACAUUGGUAUCUUCUUCUUCCUCGAAAGAGCCUCUGCUUGUUUCGUUUUUCGAGUAUGGAGGGACUCAACUAGUCAACUCUUGUGUAUAUAAAUAGGUUUUUCCGGGGUCACUGAAAAUAUGAUUCGGGUUUGGCUUUGAUCGAGUUAGUGUAGACGGGUCUCCUGCCAUAUGAACAAUGAAUUCAAGCUUA